UCCUCCCUCCCUCCUCCUCUGUGUGUGUUUUUGAAAUGGUUUGGGGAGUAGAGGGGAGCAGGCAUUCAGAGCUUGGCUGACGGUGCAGGCAGGAGCGUCUCAUAGGCAAACAGGAGCCUGAGGGGCAACACGCAGGGACUGAAGAAGCACUGAAGGACGGACUCUUUGAGGGGGGGGAUCGUUUUUGGAUCUGAUGCACAACCUGAGAGAACCUACAACCUACAGGAGAAGCAGGCAGGAGGGCAAAGAGAGGACCUAUUGAUUUGUAACCACAGGGAAAGAAAAAGGGAAAGAGCCAGAUGUGCUGUUCAGGUUUCUCUGUGCAGGACAGACAGACAGGAAGACAGACAGACACCUCGUGAGCAGGCCUGAACGUUUUUUUCACAUUUCUCCACACGGGACCGGAGCUGUCGUCCAGCGGAGAGGAAGAGAAGCAGAUGAACGGAGGCACGUUGUGGAUGACAGGGGAAGACGCCUCCUCCUGAGCCAGCAAUGCUUUUGAGGAACUUUGCACUGGACUGUUGCUGUCUGCUAUGUCCCUGGACACGGAUGCAGGCAUAAGAGACACAUUCCCAUUGAGUUCCUUCUGAGGAUCCACGUUUUCUUCUUACCCCUCAGUGCAGGUGUCCUGGUCACUAUGAUUUCUCAAAGAUAUUUAACACUCUCAUGGACUUCUUGUCUUCUAGUCCUGUGCCUCCUGGACGUAUGGACCACCGCCCAACAGUCCCAAGCCCAGGUGCAGUCCCGCCGGUCCAGGCAAAUGUCAGCCCUCACCUCCUCCUCCUCCUCAUCAUCAGCCGGCAACCUGUCAGAGAGCGCAGAGAGCAAAGUGGAGCGCCUCGGCCUGGCGUUCAAGCGCAACGUCCGCGAGCUGCGUGAGAAGAGCUCCUGCCUGGACCUGGUGUUCCUGGUGGACGAGUCGUCCAGCGUGGGCGCCAACAACUUCCUGAGCGAGCUGAGGUUCAUACGCAAGAUGCUGUCCGACUUCCCCGUGGCGGCGGAGAACACCCGGGUGGCGCUGGUCACCUUCUCCUCCAAGACCCACGUGGUGACGAGGGUGGACCACAUCACGGCGCCCAAGUCCCACCACCACAAGUGCUCCCUGUUCAACAAGGAGAUCCCGGCCAUCAACUACCGGGGGGGCGGCACCUACACCAAAGGAGCCUUCCAGAGGGCGGCGCAAAUCCUGCGUCACUCUCGCUCGAACGCCACCAAGGCCAUUUUCCUGAUCACCGACGGCUACUCCAACGGGGGGGACCCUCGGCCCGUGGCGGCCGCCCUGAGGGAACGCGGCGUGGAGAUCUUCACUCUGGGCAUCUGGCAGGGCAACAUCAGGGAGCUCCACGACAUGGCCUCGCACCCCAAAGACCAGCACUGCUACCUGGUGCACAACUUCGCAGAGUUCGAGGCGCUGGCUCGCCACGCGCUGCACGAAGACCUCCCCACAGGAGACUACAUCCAGGAGGACCUGUCCCGCUGCUCGUCCCUGUGUGAAGCCGGCAGGGACUGCUGCGACGUGAUGGCGAGCUGCAAGUGCGGAACACACACCGGCCAGUACGACUGCAUCUGUGAGAAGGGAUACUACGGGAAGGGGCUGCAGCACGAGUGCACAGCGUGCCCACCCGGCACUUACAAACCAGAGGGAACCCCGGGAGGUCUGAGCACCUGCCUGCCGUGUCCGGACCUGCAGCACACCUCCCAGCCCGGCAGCACCUCCGCCAGUGACUGCGCCUGCAAGCCCGGGUAUCAGCCAGUAGGCAUGAGCUGCCAGGUGGUUUAUUGUCCAGCGCUGUCACCUCCUGAAAACGGCUUUUUCAUCCACAACGUGUGUAACAACCACUUUGAGGCCGCCUGUGGUGUGCGGUGCCAGACAGACUUUGACCUCCAGGGAACCAACAUCCGACUGUGCCAGGCGGACGGCACCUGGACGGGGACGCCUGCCACCUGCAGAGUCCGCUCCUGCCCGCCGCUCUCCCGGCCGCCACACGGGUUCCUCCGGUGCAGCGAUGGCGGCGCCUCCCGCCGGGCGGAGUGCCAGGCCGGCUGCGAGCGCGGCUACCGGCUGGAGGGAGACGUCAGGCUCACCUGCCAGGUCAACUCACAGUGGAGUGGAUCCCAACCUCGGUGUGUGGAGGUGCGUUGUCCCCCCAUCGUGGCCCAGAAGAAUAUCCUGAUGUCGCCCCCUGCCUGUGGGAGGAGGGCAGCAUCGCCGGGCUCCGUCUGCCUGCUCACCUGUCGACAGGGCUACAGUCUACAAGGGAACAGGAAGGCGGUGUGCCUGGGCUCUGGGAACUGGACCGCCAACGUCCAUAAAGCUGUCUGCGCAGAUGCUGAGACACCAGGGAUCCAGUGCCCCGAGGACAUCGUGGCAGAGACGGACGAGCGGCGAGGGACAGCCAUCGUCAGCUGGAACGUCCCAAACGCCACCGACAACUCCAAGGAAGAGGUGGCGGUGCAGGUGAAGCCAGUCUACGCUCCUCCCCAGCUGUUCCCCAUCGGAAGAGAGACCAUCAUCUACACCGCCACCGACCGCACUGGGAACCAGGCCAACUGCUCCUUCACCGUCACAGUCGUCGAUACUGAGCCCCCGGUGAUUGACAGGUGCAGGUCGCCGCCCACGGUCCGGGCCACAGACGCGGAGACGGCGGUCACUUGGGAGGUGCCACAGUUUUCCGACAACUCAGGCGGCCGCCUCACGCUGACCAGUAGCCACACUCCAGGUUCCCAGUUCCCAGUGGGAGAGACUCUGGUGCAGUACACCGCCACCGACGCUGCAGGAAACAGCCGCGACUGCAACCUCACCAUCACUGUUCAAGGGACAACCUGUGAGCAGCCGUAUGUCCCCGUGAACGGAGAGUUUGUUUGCACUGAGGAAGACGAGGGUGUGAACUGUACCCUUCACUGUAAAGAUGGAUACAGCCUCACUAAGGAGGCCGUGCACAGUUACCUCUGUGCGUACAACGGCGUGUGGGAACCUCCGUACUCUCCUGAGAGGCCCGACUGCUCAGUGAACCGUAUCGCAAACAACGGGUUCAAGCCCUUCGAGAUGCUGUUUAAAGCCUCGAGCUGUGAAGACGUGGCCCUGGUCAAGUCCUUUACUGGGGAGCUCAACACCAAACUGGGUGGCAUGCUCCCCAACAUUUGCAGCAGCGCUGAGGUCACCUGCAAGCUGGAGGUGAUGUCACAGGGUCACUGUCUGGAGUACAACUACGACUACGAGAACGGGUUUUCUAUCACACCAGGCGGAUGGUCAAACAGCUGGAGUCCUCAAGGCUCCCAGGACUACGCCUACUUUGAGUCGGGCUUUGCCACGAGCUCUCGGCAGCUCCCCAACCGGCAGCGAGACGCCGGCGCCGCGAGACCACAUCAACGCACCAAGAGACACAGGAAAAUCACCGGCCCCACCAGAGACCAGAAGAUCCAGAUCUUUUUCAACAUCACAGCAAGCAUCCCUCUGCCCCUGUCGAGGAACGACUCAGUAGAGGUGGCCAAUCAGAAGAGGCUCCUGAGGACCCUGGAGCAGCUGACCAAUAGGCUGAGGCGAACCCUGGCCAAGCAGCCGCUGUCCAGUUUCCACGUGUCCUCGGAGAUGAUCGUGGCCGAUCCCAAAUCGCUGGAGAGCAGGAGGGCGUCUCUGUUCUGCAGGCCGGGCUCGGUGCUCAAAGGCCGAAUGUGUGUGCAAUGUCCGGUGGGGACGUACUUCUCUCUGGAGUAUAACGAGUGUGAGAGCUGCUGGCUGGGCUCCUUCCAGGACCAGGAGGGUCAGCUGGAGUGUAAGUCCUGUCCUGAAGGAACCUCCACAGCCUACCUCCACUCCCGCAGUGUGGCCGAGUGCAAAGGGCAGUGUAAACCUGGAAGUCAUUCCCUGAACGGGCUGGAGAUCUGCGAGUCCUGCCCGCUGGGACACUUCCAGUCGGGCUUCGGCGCCAGGGAGUGUCUGGUCUGUCCCGACGAGACGUCCACCGUCACCAGAGGAGCAGUGGACGACACAGAGUGUGGAGUCCCCUGUUCGGCAGGUCACUUCUCCCGCACCGGUCUGGUCCCCUGUUACCCUUGUCCCCGGGAUUACUACCAGCCUGAACACGGCCGCUCCUACUGCCUCUCCUGCCCCUUCUACGGAACCACCACUAUCACCGGGGCCACCACCAUCCAGCACUGCUCCAGCUUCGGGUCCAGCUUUCUCCCGAAGGAGGAGAGUGUGACUGCAGCUCCUGAGGUGGAGGCCAGUGAAGACUACCAGGCAAGCAGUCAGGUUUUCCACGAGUGCUUCCUGAAUCCCUGUCAGAAUAAAGGAACUUGUGAGGAGGUCGGAGCGGGAUACGUCUGCACCUGCAUGCCCGGGUUCACAGGUGCCAAGUGUGAGAUCGAUGUAGACGAGUGCGACUCGGCCCCGUGCCAGAAUGGAGGCCUGUGCAAGGACGGCAUGGAGGACUUCCAGUGUCAGUGCAAAGCAGGAUUUUUAGGCCACCUGUGCGAGGCGGAGGUGAACGAGUGCAUUUCCUCCCCGUGUCUGAAUGAAGGCGUUUGUGUGGACGAGGUCAACAGGUUCACCUGCAGCUGUGCCGACGGCUUCACAGGAUCUCGCUGUGAGCUGGAAAUAAACGAGUGUCUCUCCAACCCCUGUCUGAACGGAGGCGUGUGUGAGGACAUGACCGGCGGUUACACCUGUAACUGCGCCGUCGGCUUCUCGGGGGACAGCUGUGAGGUGAACAUCGACGAAUGUUACAGCGCCCCCUGUCUAAAUGGAGGCUCCUGCCUGGAUGCCGUCAAUAAUUUCAGGUGCCAGUGUGUGGAGGGCUACCGGGGCCGGCUGUGCGAGGUGGACGUGGACGAGUGCGAUCCGAACCCCUGUGUGAACAGAGCCAGCUGCCUGGAUGGUCUGGGCUCCUUCACCUGCCGCUGCCUCCCUGGGUUCAACGGAACCAGGUGUGAGACAGAGAUGUCCUCUGCUUUCAACCUGGACUUUGAGGUGUCGGGUAUCCACGGCUAUGUGAUGAUGGACAGUGUGAUGCCGGCGCUCACAGAGAUCACCUGCACCUUCUGGAUGAAGUCCUCAGACACCACCAAUUAUGGCACGCCGGUCUCCUACGCUGUGGAGGGCAGCGACAACGCGUUCCUACUCAUAGACUACAAUGGGUGGGUGCUGUAUGUGAACGGUAAGGAGCGGAUCACCGACUGUCCUGCGGUGAACACGGGUCACUGGUACCACAUCGGUGUGUCCUGGAGGAGCUGGGACGGUGACUGGAGAGUCUACAUCAACGGGAAGCCCUCAGAUGGAGGAAAAGGCCUGUCAGUCGGCACCACUAUCCCAGCUGGUGGAGCACUGGUGUUGGGUCAGGACCAAGACCAGAGGGGUGAGGGCUUCAACCCCGUUGAAUCCUUCGUGGGAUCCAUGAGUCAGCUCAACAUCUGGGAUCGUGUUCUGAGCCAACAGCAGAUCAAGGUUCUGGCCAGCACCUGUCCAGCUUCCCACGUGAGCCACAGAGGGAACGUGCUCGCCUGGCCUGACUUUCUGAACGGAGUGGUCGGCCGAGUCAAAGUUAACAGCAACAGUAUUUUCUGUGCUGACUGCCCCAAACUGGAGAGUGCACUGCCCCACCUGCUCGCCUCCACUGUGGAGGUCAGCCCCGGGGCCCAGGUCCAGCUGUCCUGCAAUCCCGGUUUCUACCUGGUGGGGGAGCCGGUGCUGCAGUGCCAGAACAAAGGAGAAUGGAGCCACCCGCUGCCGAGCUGUGAACGUGUGUCCUGUGCAGCUCCUCAUCCUCUGGAGAACGGCCUGCUCCAGGGGACAGACUUCCAUAGUGGCAGCUCUGUGGUCUACCAGUGCAACGCUGGCUUUUACCUGCUGGGAGACGCCAACAUGCACUGCAGCAACAGCGGCAAGUGGGGGGGGAAUCCCCCGGCCUGUCUCGAUGUGGAUGAGUGCGCCCUGGGAUCUGACUGUGACAGUCACGCCAGCUGUCAGAACACAGACGGCUCCUAUAUCUGCACCUGCACCCGCCCAUACAGCGGAGACGGCAAAAACUGCACAGAGCCGGUGAAGUGUGAGAACCCUGACUCUCCGGAGUUUGGCCACAGAAGCGGCAGCAACUUCCUGAUGGGCAGCGAGGUGGUGUUCGGCUGCGAGGACGGAUACGAGCUGAUCGGCUCGUCUCGACUCCGCUGCCUGGAGACAGGACACUGGGAUGAUCCUGUCCCUUACUGCAGAGCUCUUUCCUGCCCGAUGCCAAGUGUCCCAGAUAACUCCAUCAUGACGGGCGACAACUUCACCUACGGAAGCAAGUUGACUUUCAGGUGUAUGAGUGGCUUCCUGCCUCAGAUCCAGUACGACUUUCAGUGUCUGGUCAGUCUGAGAUGGAGCGGGACGCCACCUGUCUGUCACCCAGUGACCUGCGGGGGGCCUCCGACCGUGGGGAAUGCUGACUCCAGGCUGGACACAAACACAUACCUGUCCAAGGUGAAAUACACCUGUGCUGAGGGCUACAGGCCAUUGGGCUCCAUGGAAGUCGUCUGCGAGGCCUCAGGCGAGUGGAGCAGACCGCUCCCCCGCUGCGUGAACGUCCUGUGCAGUGAACCUCCGGCCCUGAAGGACGCUGAGACCGUAGGAGAGAACUAUGAGCUGGGAAACAAGGUGCACUAUGUCUGCAAAGAAGGCUACACUCUGAUUGGCCCGGAGACCAGAGAAUGUCUGCCAAGUGGCCAAUGGAGUGACAGCUGUGCCCAGUGUGUCCCCCGCUCCUGUGGCCCCCCGCCUGCCAUUGACCACGCAGAGCCCUACGAGAGCCACCAGCUGUUUGGAGACACCGCCAACUACUACUGCACCGACGGGUACAUCGCCGGCAACAACUCUAAGAUGGUGUGCAAUGCUCAGGGCGUGUGGGCGCCCCCUGGUGGCAUGGAGGCCCCGCGCUGCAUCGCCAACUUCUGCCUCCGUCCGCCUGAACUACCCCAUGCAAUUCUUGAUUCAGUCAACAAACCCAAAUACACCAGCAACUCUGAAGUGAGCUAUAAGUGUGAAGAGGGCUUCAUGCUAAACACCACGGCCACGCUGAGAUGUCUAAUGGGAGGAGAGUGGCAGCCUUCGCCGUACGACAUCGGCUGCGUGCCAGUGAGGUGCUCCAGGCCCGAGAGCAUUGACCGGGGCUAUGUGAGCGGGACCAACUACAGCUUUGGAGCCAUGGUGGCGUACACCUGCUAUCCAGGCUUCCUGAUCCGAGGGGAGAAGAGGAGGACCUGCAAGGCCAAUGGAGAAUGGGAAGGAGCUCUCCCCACCUGUAUACCUGUGUCCUGCUCUCCGCCUCCUCUUCUCAGGAAUGGACAGGCAAAAGGUCGCUACACCUUCAACAGCAAGGUGUUAUAUGUCUGUAACGCAGGCUACAGACUGAUUGGUCGUCAGGACAGAAUUUGCCAAGCCAACCGCCAGUGGUCCAACACCGACCCUCCCAGCUGUGUUCUUCUGACCUGCGACUCUCCUCCCUCCGUCACACAUGGACAUUACCGGGGCUCUGAGUUCCAGGUGGGCCGCAAAGUAGAGUAUGUUUGUGAUCAGGGUUACGAGCUGGUGGGAGAGUCCAUGUGGACCUGUCUGAAAUAUGGACGGUGGGAUCAGACGAGGCGUCCACGCUGCUCGCCGGUGCAGUGUCCGGAGCCGCCGCUGGAGGAGAACCACCUGGUCCUGAAGGGCCUGGACUCCGAGUCUGGAACAGUGGAACUAUCAUGCGAGGAUGGCUUCGUCCUCGAGGGCGCUCGCAUCCUCCGCUGCACACCGUCCCAGGAGUGGAACGACACCUUCCCAGUUUGCAAGCAGGUGUUUUGCGGCCCACCUCCUGAUGUGUCCUUUGGUGGCACCUCCUUGUCCUCUCCUCCGUUUACUUUCAGCUCAGCCGUGACCUACAAAUGCAUGGAUGGUUUCACUUUAAAGAAAGAGAGCUCUGUGUCCUGUCUCGCCAGUGGGCGGUGGAGCAGUCCCUACCCGGAGUGCAUCCCAGUUGAAUGUCCUCAGCCUGUGGAGAUUUCUAACGGUAUAGUAGAUGUCCAGGGUCUGAUGUACCUCAGCAAAGCUCUGUACAGUUGUCGGACUGGAUAUAAUCUGGUGGGUAACUCCACCGUCCUCUGCGGAGAAAAGGGACUUUGGAUUGGAGGGGUUCCCUCUUGCCGCCCAAUCGAAUGCUCCAUCCCAAAGCAGAUCGCCAGUGGGAAAGUGGUUUACACAAAACUCCAGUUUGGUCACAGUGCAACUUACUCCUGCCGUCGUGGUUACCGCCUCCAGGGCUCAGAGACUCUGAAGUGCCUGGCCAGUGGGGACUGGGACUUCGAGCCCCCUGCAUGUGUGCAGAUAUCUUGCACGCCACCUCAGCCCAUUGAAAAUGGUUUUGUCGAGGGCCAGGAUCACAGUUUCGGUGUCACUAUCUUCUACAGCUGCUUUCCUGGAUUCCAGCUCAUGGGCCAGGACCAUCUGACCUGCGAGGAGCUCGGCUGGUCGAGUUCCGUCCCUGUCUGCAUGCUGUCGGACUGUGGCCUGCCUCCUCACAUUGACUUUGGCGAGUAUGUGAGGGUGACAGAGCAGCGAACAAGUUCUUUUACAACUUCUAAAGACACUGGAGCCUCACCGGAGAACUUGAGCUUCCUUCACGGGUCAUUGAUUGAAUACCAGUGUCACAAAGGUUACGACCUCUCGAGCCCCACCAGGUUGGUGUGUCAGGAGGAUGGAGGUUGGAAUGGGACAGCCCCGUUUUGUGUCCCAGCAGAGUGUCACACGCCGCCAAGGCCAGAGCACGGCUGGGUGAAUGUGACUGAUUCCUCCCUCGGCAGUAUGGUCAAGUAUUUCUGUGAGGAGGGAUAUGAACUUCAGGGGGAGCCUGUGAGGCAGUGUGUGUCAGAUCGAUUGUGGACACAUGACGCCCCCGUUUGUCGACCGGUGUCCUGUGGCGACCCAGGGCCUAUUGCCAGCGGCACCGCUCAUGGAGGUGCUUUUGUGUAUCCUGAGGCCCUGCACUAUGAGUGUCACCCUGGGUUCAUCCUCAAAGGAAGCAGCACAAUCGUCUGCCGGGUCGAUGGAUCAUGGAAAGGACAAAAGCCCGUCUGUGAGCCACUGUCUUGUGGUUUUCCUAAAGUCCCCAGUGAUGUGACUUUUAAAGGCGAGGAGUACAUGUAUAAUAAUGAGAUAGAACUAAGCUGUCAGCCCGGUUUCCUCUUGGAAGGGAAAUCUGUCAGUGUCUGUCAGGCUGAUGGCACCUGGAGCCACAAGUCCCUGACCUGCGUACCCGCCCGCUGUGGGAAACCAGCACCGAUUCCCAAUGGACGUGUGCUGGGAUCAGAGUUUGGCUUCAACAGCAAGGUGCAGUAUCAAUGUGACGAGGGACACACACUCAACGGAGACUCCACACGUGUUUGUCAGUCAGACGGACUUUGGGACACACCGGCCCCUCGCUGUGACCUCAUCAGCUGUGAUCCGCCCGAGGACAUCAGCCACGGCUUCCUGAACGGCUCCAGCUUCAACUACGACGAUGUGGUGGAGUACGUCUGCUUCGAUGGCUAUGAGGUGGUCGGGGACCCCAUCCUGCGAUGCUCUGCUCAAGGCCUCUGGGUGGGCGCUGUGCCCCAGUGCCGACCCUGCGUCUGUGCCCCCCCGGUGGUGAAAUACGGCGUGGUUCUCGGGCGUGACCGCUCCUGCGGGGACCGGGUGCAUUUCCAGUGCGACGAAGGCUACAAGCUUCUGGGUCCCCCGCAGGCUGUGUGUGAGAAGGGAGGGGUGUGGAGUCCCGGGGUUCCUCUGUGUGGCCGAGGAAGGUGCAGUGUCGCUCCGCCAACAGUUCCCAAUGCUGUCCUGCAGGGCGGCAGUGCCACCUUCCCAGACACGGUUAUAUACAGGUGUCGGCCCGGGUACCAGAUGAAGGGAUACCCACACCUCUCCUGCGGGAGAGACGGCCGGUGGGGGGAGCCCAGGAUCAGCUGUGAGCCUGUGAGCUGUGGAAAACCUCCGGCUAUAGCCCACGCUCAGACGGAGGGAGUCACCUUCACUUUCCCAAACCAAAUCACUUACAGGUGUGACGAUGGGUAUGAAUUGGCCACACAGACGACUUCUCUCUGCUGCCAGAGCGACGGCACGUGGUCCAAACACAGCCUCCGGUGCCGGCCCCGGCCCUGCUCGCUGCCUGGCAACUUCUCCAUCCCUCAUGUGGUAAUCACUGGAAAGGAGCUCACUCCUGUUGGGGGCACCAUCUCCCUCUCCUGCCCUCCAGGCUUCUUCCUGCAAGGCUCGGCACUGGCUGAAUGUCAGCUGGGUGGACACUGGACUCCGAGCAUCUUGACAGUUUCCUGCGAGCUGGUGGUGUGUGAGAGACCCCCCCCUCUUCUUCACGGCGUCACAGAGGGCGACAGCUACAACUAUGGAGACUUUGUCGUGUACUCCUGCCUCCCGGGCUUUGACAUGAAGGGCGACUCUAUCCAGACCUGCCAGGGAGACAGAGCGUGGAGCAGCACCCAGCCAGUGUGUGUCGCGCAGUCCUGCGGGCCUCCUCCCACCGUGCACAAUGCACAGAUCCACGUGACUGGAGACACUUACCUGCACAAUGCCAGUUACGUGUGCAGCUCGGGGCUGCAGCUGCUCGGCUCCAAGACGCUCACCUGUCUGGCCAACGGCACGUGGAGCCUGCCAGCUCCGACAUGUGAAGUGGGCCGAGGCUGCAUCAGCCCGAGACAGGUGCCGCACGGCAAAGUGCAGGAGCACAACCUGAACACCGGGCGCGCUGUGGAGUUCCUGUGUGAUAAGGGCUACAACCUGGUGGGGGAUCGUCUGGUGGUGUGUAUGGGGGGCCACACAUGGAGCUCCACCUUCCCCAGCUGCCAACCCAAGGCCUGUCCAGCUCCUCCAGGCUGGAGGGAGGACACCAGCGGGAACGGAGCCCAGCAGGAGUUUCAUGUGGGGCAGUCGGUGCGAGUCUCCUGCCCCAAAGGUCAACAGGUGAAAGGCAGCGGCACCAUCAUCUGCAGGCCGGACCAGACCUGGAGCCCCGUCAGCUCCGUGUGUGAAAGGGUGUCCUGUGGCCCGCCCCUCCAUGUGGCCAACGGGGUGGUGCGGGGGGCGGUGUUCCAGUUCGGGGACGUGGCGGCGUACUCGUGUUUUGGCGGCUACGCCAUGGAGGGCGUCGGAAGGAGCAGGUGUCUGGAGAACGGCACCUGGACGCCGCCUCCCACCUGCAGAGCUGUGUGCUGGCUGCAGUGUCAGAACGGAGGUGUGUGUCAGCGGCCAAACGUCUGCUCCUGCCCCGAGGGCUGGAUGGGCCGACUCUGUGAGGAGCCUAUCUGCAUCCUGCCGUGCCUGAAUGGAGGCCGCUGCGUGGCACCUUACCAGUGCGAGUGUCCCACUGGGUGGACGGGCACGCGCUGUCACAGUGCUGUGUGUUCAUCACCAUGUCUCAAUGGAGGUCGCUGCAUCAGGCCGAACAGAUGUCACUGCAGUUCAGGGUGGAGCGGGCACGACUGCUCCAGGAAAAGGAGAACAGGAUACUAUCACUUCUGAAGUCCCGCCCCCGCUCUGUGUGAAUCGUCCUCUGAAGGGAAUUCUUGUAAAGUUAACUGACGCUCGAGCGAACCAGUCUCAUCUCUCCACACAAGACAACGCAAGAACCAUUUUGUAAAAUAAAGCUGUAUUUUUUCAUAUAGAGACUCAACAGUAUUAAAACAUAUGCUGCUAUAUACUUGUACGAUGUGUAAAAACUAUUGAUGCAAUUGUCCAAUGUAUAAACUAUUCUCACAUUUUUAUUAAAGCAAAAAAUACCA